GAGCUCUUGGGUGUGACGAAAGAUGCGUCGGACAACGACAUCAAGAAGGGCUACUACAAGCAAGCAAGGAAGUGGCAUCCAGACAAGAAUCCGGACAACCCUGAGGCAGAGCUCAAGUUCAAGGCCAUCAGUGAGGCCUACGAGGUUCUGUCCGACCCCCAGAAGCGUCAGAUCUACAACGAGCGGGGCAAGGAUGGGGUA